UGUCCGGGCGACCGCGACGGUGGCGGCGCGUUGCAUAACUGUGUGGCGGCACUCCGCGCGCGAUAUCACCCCGAGCGCCCGCGAGCGCGCCACACGCGCAAGCACGCGCAUCGUCGCGCCCUUUACGUAACGCGCGACCACCGCGCCAAAAGCUCCGCAUCAAAAGGAUACUUUAGUGUUAAGUGUGCAACGUGACCGCUGUCGGCUGUGAGGAUCCGAGGCGAGCGAGGACGGACCGCCGGUGGGCUGGCGCGGUUAGAGCGCUGAAGCAGAUGUUUCGCGUGCCCAGACAUUGGAAAGAGGAGCGCGCGCGGGCUGCGGGCGCGGCCACCCAUCCGCGCGCCCUCUAGACAACACAUCUACACGCUGCACUAUAUACGGUCGGUCAUGAAAAAUCUCGCCCAUUUGCUGGCUGUCCCGAUCAGCGAACACGUGGUAACUUUCAUCUCCCUGGUAGCCGCGGCCACACUGCUCGCGUGGACGACAGAAGGGCGUACCGCCCGUAGGUGGUCGGCGGCGGGUCGCGGGCGUAGAGCGUGCGACCGCGUGCAGUUCCCCCAUCAUACACACCCGCCCAUUAACUGUUAGCAGUAGGCAGUUCACUCGGGGGGAGUUCGAUAGACAAUGUCCGAGGACUUGGACUCGAUCAGCGAGGAAGAACGAAGCUUGUUCCGACCCUUCACACGAGAGUCACUUGCCGCUAUCGAAGCCCGCAUAGCUGAAGAGCAUGCCAAGCAAAAGGAACUCGAGAAAAAACGAGCGGAAGGCGAGAACGAUUUGGGGCGGACGAAAAAGAAAAAAGAAGUGCGUUACGAUGACGAGGACGAAGACGAGGGCCCCCAGCCGGACGCGACCCUGGAGCAAGGGCUGCCGCUGCCCGUGCGCAUGCAGGGCUCCUUCCCUUUGGAGCUGGCUUCCACGCCUCUCGAGGACAUCGAUCCCUUCUACCACAACCAAAGAACCUUCGUAGUCAUAAGCAAGGGUAAAGAUAUCUUCAGAUUUUCGGCCACCAACGCUUUAUUCCUAGACCCGUUCAACCCUAUAAGAAGAGUGGCGAUAUACAUAUUGGUGCAUCCCCUCUUCUCCUUAUUCAUCAUCACUACGAUCUUAGUAAACUGCAUUCUUAUGAUAAUGCCUACCACACCGACUGUCGAAAGUACUGAAGUUAUCUUUACCGGGAUCUACACGUUUGAAUCGGCGGUGAAAGUAAUGGCCAGGGGUUUCAUACUACAGCCAUUCACAUACCUUAGAGAUGCAUGGAAUUGGCUUGACUUCGUAGUUAUAGCUUUAGCUUAUGUGACGAUGGGCAUAGAUCUGGGCAACCUAGCAGCGCUCAGAACGUUCAGGGUACUGCGAGCGCUCAAGACUGUAGCCAUCGUGCCGGGUUUGAAGACCAUCGUAGGAGCCGUGAUAGAAUCAGUGAAAAAUCUCCGCGACGUGAUCAUCCUGACGAUGUUCUCGCUAUCGGUAUUCGCGUUGAUGGGCCUGCAGAUCUAUAUGGGGGUGCUGACACAGAAGUGCAUCAAGGUGUUCCCCGAGGACGGCUCCUGGGGGAACCUCACUGAUGAAAACUGGGAGAGGUUCUGUCAGAAUGAAACGAACUGGUAUGGUGGAGACGGAGAAUAUCCGCUAUGUGGGAAUUCAUCAGGCGCGGGGCAAUGUGAGCCAGGCUACAUCUGCUUGCAAGGCUACGGUCCAAACCCGAACUACGGCUACACUAGUUUCGACACGUUCGGCUGGGCGUUCCUGUCGGCUUUCCGUCUCAUGACCCAGGACUACUGGGAGAAUCUGUAUCAAUUGGUGCUGAGGUCCGCAGGGUCGUGGCACGUGUUGUUCUUUGUGGUGAUCAUCUUCCUGGGCUCGUUCUAUCUCGUGAACUUGAUCUUGGCCAUCGUCGCCAUGUCGUACGAUGAGUUGCAGAAGAAGGCAGAGGAAGAGGAGCAAGCGGAAGAGGAGGCUCUCAGGGAAGCAGAACAAAAAGCAGCCGCACGCGCAGACAAGCAAGAAGCCCGAGAAGCGCACGCUCGCGAGCAAGCAGCCGCGGCCGAAGCCGCAGCGUACGCCGAAGCCCAUCCUGCCAAAUCUCCCAGCGACUAUUCCUGUCAGAGCUACGAGUUGUUCGUGAACCAGGAGCGCGUGAACCAGGACGACAACACGCGCGAGCGCAUGUCCCUCCGAAGCGACCCCUUCGCCGACUCGGUGAGCACUCAGCCAACGCACAAGCCCACCGAACACCACGACAACGCACGCCGGGCACGGAAGGUCAGCAUGGUUCCCCACCCUGAACGCAUUAAUAAAUACGGGCAGUUAUAUGGGCCACUGCGGGAGGGCUCUCAGGCUUCAUUAUCGCUGCCGGGAUCUCCUUUCAACUUGCGUCGAGGGUCGAGAGGGUCGCACCAGAUGGCGUUGCGACCGAACGGAAGGCCGCGCUACCCCCCUGGAGCUGAUCGCAAACCUCUGGUUUUGUCCACCUAUCUGGACGCUCAAGAACAUCUGCCAUAUGCUGACGAUUCUAAUGCUGUCACUCCAAUGUCUGAAGAAAACGGUGCUAUCAUCAUCCCUGUGUAUUAUGCUAAUUUAGGGUCAAGGCAUUCCUCGUACACGUCCCAUCAGUCUCGAUUAUCGUAUACCUCCCACGGCGACCUCCUCGGAGGCAGUAAGGCGCAGACUAAAGAGGCUAGAUUGCGAGGGCGGUCGGCUUCCAGGAACCACAGCGUGACGUCACAGCCCCACGCCUACCCGCUGCCCCGGCAAGACUCGUCGCUCGCUUCCAGACCGCUCAGAGAAUAUGAGACGGAAUGUGUGACUGACGAGGCCGGCAAAGUUCUGAAACCUUCCAACGACAAUCCCUUCAUUGAGUCCUCCCAGCAACCUAACGUAGUGGACAUGAGAGAUGUAAUGGUACUAAAUGAAAUCAUCGAGCAAGCGGGCAGGCAAAGUCGCGCGAGCGACCACAACGUGUCAGUAUACUACUUCCCAACAGCGGAAGAGGAUGAAGAUGGGCCGACGUUUAAGGAGAAGCUUCUGGAAUGUUUCAUGAAGGGGAUAGACUUGUUCUGUGUGUGGGACUGCUGUUGGUUGUGGCUGGAGUUUCAGAAGUACGUCGCGUUGCUGGUGUUUGACCCGUUCGUGGAGUUGUUCAUUACACUGUGUAUCGUGGUCAACACAUUGUUCAUGGCACUCGACCACCACGACAUGGACAGAGACAUGGAGAAGGCGCUCAAGAGUGGCAAUUAUUUUUUUACUGCCACUUUCGGAAUAGAAGCUAUGUUGAAGUUAAUAGCAAUGAGUCCAAAGUAUUAUUUCCAAGAAGGAUGGAAUAUUUUCGACUUUAUUAUUGUGGCCUUAUCACUUUUGGAGCUGGGGCUCGAGGGAGUCCAGGGUUUGUCAGUGUUGCGUUCUUUUCGUUUGCUGCGUGUUUUUAAACUGGCCAAGUCUUGGCCGGCGCUAAAUCUUAUUAUAUCCAUAAUGGGUAGGACAGUGGGAGCUUUAGGGAACUUGACCUUUGUACUUUGCAUCAUUAUAUUCAUAUUCGCGGUGAUGGGAAUGCAGUUGUUUGGGAAGAAUUACACAGAUUAUGUGGACCGGUUUCCGAAUGGAGAGCUACCGAGAUGGAACUUCACAGAUUUCAUGCACAGUUUCAUGAUAGUGUUCCGAGUGCUCUGUGGAGAAUGGAUAGAGAGUAUGUGGGACUGUAUGUUGGUGGGAGACGUCUCGUGUAUACCCUUCUUUUUGGCUACUGUCGUCAUUGGAAAUCUUGUGGUGCUUAACCUCUUCUUGGCUCUGUUACUGUCAAAUUUUGGAUCUUCGAGCUUAUCAACGCCAACUGCUGAUCAGGACACGAACAAAAUAGCUGAAGCUUUCAACCGGAUAUCAAGGUUCACUGAUUGGACGAAGCGCAACAUCGCAGACUUCUUGAAGUUACUGAAGAAUAAGCUGACUAACCAGAUAGCAAUACACGCCCCUGGCUUAAAAGCGGCUUUGUGUGGCCGCUGUGUCUCUUCAGAACGCGUAGACAACGAGCUGGAGCUAGGAACCGACCUGGAUGAUGCUGUUCUGUACAAAGACAAGAAACUUAAGGAUCAAGUAGAAGUAGCCAUAGGCGACGGAAUGGAAUUUACGAUACCAGGAGACAAUAAAUAUAAAAAAGGAAAAAUAUUAAUGAAUAAUAUUAAUGCUAUAACAGAUACUAAUCAUAGAGACAAUCGGUUAGACUGUGAACUAAAUCAUCAUGGAUAUCCUAUUCAGGACGAUGAUACAAUUAGUCAAAAAUCAUAUGGUAGUCAUAAAAUUAGAUCGUUCAAAGACGAAAGUCACAAGUGUUCUACAGAUACAAUAGAUGGAGAAGAGAAAAAAGACGCUAGCAAAGAAGAAUUAGGUUUAGAAGAAGAAAUGAUAGAAGAUGAUGAAGAAAAACCAGAUGGUAUUCUUGGGAAGACAGAUAUUAUAGUGGCAGCGGACGAAGACGUCGUAGACGACACGCCGGCUGACUGUUGUCCUGAACCUUGUUAUCAGAAGUUCCCGUUCCUCGCGGGAGACGACGAGUCACCAUUCUGGCAAGGCUGGGGAAUGCUCAGAUUAAAGACUUUCAGGCUCAUUGAGAACACCUACUUUGAAACGGCUGUGAUUACUAUGAUUUUGCUCAGUAGUUUGGCUCUGGCUUUAGAAGAUGUACACUUACCUCACCGGCCAAUCCUGCAGGAUAUACUAUAUUACAUGGACCGGAUAUUCACUGUAAUCUUUUUCAUCGAGAUGUUAAUCAAGUGGCUUGCUCUCGGCUUCCAGAAGUACUUCACAAACGCUUGGUGUUGGCUCGAUUUCAUCAUUGUCAUGGUCUCGCUUAUAAACUUCGUAGCGGCGCUUUGUGGCGCCGGAGGCAUUCAGGCGUUCAAAACGAUGCGAACGCUCCGCGCCCUGCGCCCGCUCAGAGCCAUGAGCCGCAUGCAGGGCAUGAGGGUGGUAGUAAACGCACUCGUACAAGCGAUUCCAUCCAUCUUCAACGUGCUGCUUGUGUGUCUCAUCUUCUGGCUUAUCUUUGCUAUAAUGGGGGUCCAACUCUUCGCUGGAAAGUAUUUCAAGUGUGUUGACCUGAACCAUACAACGCUGAGUCACGAAAUUAUCCCGGACAGAAACGCGUGCAUCUUAGAAAACUAUACUUGGGAAAACUCGCCGAUGAACUUCGAUCACGUCGGCAAAGCCUAUUUGUGUCUCUUCCAAGUCGCCACAUUCAAAGGCUGGAUUCAAAUCAUGAACGAUGCAAUCGAUUCUAGAGAAGUUGGACGUCAACCAAUAAGAGAAACAAAUAUUUAUAUGUAUUUGUAUUUUGUAUUCUUCAUAAUAUUUGGCUCAUUCUUCACUCUCAACCUAUUCAUUGGUGUGAUCAUCGACAAUUUCAAUGAACAGAAGAAGAAAGCGGGCGGUAGUCUUGAGAUGUUCAUGACAGAAGAUCAGAAGAAAUACUACAAUGCUAUGAAGAAAAUGGGUUCCAAAAAGCCACUGAAAGCUAUACCUAGACCCAAGUGGCGACCACAAGCGAUAGUAUUUGAAAUAGUUACAGAUAAGAAAUUCGACAUGAUAAUCAUGUUGUUCAUCGGUCUGAACAUGUUGACGAUGACGCUAGACCACUACCAACAGUCGGAUACAUUCAGCAAUGUACUCGACUACCUCAACAUGAUAUUCAUAGUAAUAUUUAGUUCAGAGUGCCUAUUAAAAAUAUUCGCCUUACGAUACCAUUACUUCGUCGAGCCGUGGAAUUUAUUCGAUUUUGUUGUAGUCAUGUUUUCUAUAUUAAGUCUGGUAUUGAGCGAUAUAAUAGAAAAAUAUUUUGUGUCGCCAACUCUAUUGAGAGUAGUGAGGGUAGCCAAAGUAGGUCGAGUACUUCGACUAGUGAAGGGCGCCAAGGGUAUACGAACGUUGCUGUUUGCGUUAGCUAUGUCACUGCCAGCUCUAUUUAAUAUCUGCCUUCUACUGUUCCUGGUCAUGUUCAUCUUCGCCAUAUUCGGCAUGUCAUUCUUCAUGCACGUGAAGGACAAGGGAGGGCUCGACGAUGUUUAUAAUUUCAAGACAUUUGUGCAGAGCAUGAUUCUGCUAUUUCAGAUGUCAACGUCCGCGGGCUGGGACGGUGUGUUGGACGGCAUCAUUAACGAGGAGGAGUGCGACCUGCCGGACAACGAGCGUGGCUCUCCCGGCAACUGCGGCUCCGCCACCAUCGGCAUCACCUACCUGCUCUCCUACCUCGUCAUCUCCUUUCUCAUCGUAAUCAACAUGUACAUCGCUGUCAUUCUCGAGAACUACUCUCAGGCGACUGAAGAUGUACAAGAAGGUCUUACUGACGAUGACUACGAUAUGUACUAUGAGAUCUGGCAACGAUUCGAUCCAGACGGGACUCAGUAUAUUCGGUACGACCAGCUGUCUGAUUUCCUGGAUGUGCUGGAACCACCGUUGCAGAUCCACAAGCCGAACAAGUACAAAAUUAUAUCCAUGGACAUACCUAUAUGUCGCGGCGACAUGAUGUUCUGCGUGGACAUCUUGGACGCACUAACGAAAGACUUCUUCGCGAGGAAAGGCAACCCAAUAGAGGACCCUGGCGACCUAGAGGUGGGGCGACCGGACGAAGUCGGCUACGAGCCGGUCUCGUCGACGCUCUGGCGGCAGCGGGAGGAGUACUGCGCGAGGCUGAUACAGCACGCGUGGCGGCGGCACAGGCGCGCGGGCGCUGGUGACUCGCCGGGCGGCGGCAGCGGCGCGGGCGGCGGCGCGGACACGGCCGUGCUGCUGGACGCGGUGACGCCCAACGGGCACCGCGUGGUGCUGCAGACGGCGGGCGCGGCGCCGCGGCCGCCCGAGCCCGCGCCGCCGCCCGCGCCCGUCUGACCCGCGCUGGCGCUCGCGCUGCUGCCCGCGCUAGUCGACGACGCGCCGCUGCCGCUGCCCGCACCGCUGCCCGAGCUCCUGAGCCCACCCAAGCGCACUUAAUUAUUUUUUACGCUAGACGUUUCGCAUUGUAUAUAUAGUAGUGCCGGCGGCGGCGGGCCGCGGAGAGCGACGCGACGUUCGGCGCGGAGCCGCGCGUUCGCGCCGUCUCCCUCGUGGACGUUAUUCUUUCGCGUUUAGAGACGUUCGAAGUGAUAACUGGAGUGUUUUAUAUUCGCGUGGCCGAGCUUUCGUGACUGUUUGUUUGCGACCGAUGUUCGCGCGUUCACCGUGUUUUAAAGUUCAUAUUCAUAUUUUGAGUUAAUUUCGCAUUCGACCUGCCCGCCCAUGAGAAACUUUGUCGAAGGAGCGGGUCGUUUGCGAGCGUGCCGUUUAUUUCGUCACUAGUGAUUUAAUAUAAGGUACUGAUAAAAUGAGGAAACUGUAAAAGCUUAUUUUUGUAUUCGAUGAAUAUCACUGUCUAUCUGUAAAUUCUAAAUCAGAAGUUUAUUAAGAUUACGAAGAGUAAUUAGUGGUCGAUUGUGAGAUAUCAUUUUUCUUCCCCGAAAUGGUGUCGAACAAUAGGAUAUACUGUAUUGAUAGAUGAAUGUAUAAAGUCGACGGCGGGUGUUGCUCGCGAUCGCUGGCUUGGUCUUUAGAGUACCUCUUGUGUUUUUAUAACGAGCAAAACACACCAGAGCAAGCGAGUGAGCGAGCGGGGCCGUGACCGGCGCCGGCGCCGAGAGGCGACAGUGACGUCAUUAGCUUGUUCCGUUGCUUGGCGGUCGUCACAGCGGCCACUCACACCCAGCAGUCGGUGUAGCACACAAACUUUGGCAAUCAGCUAGUCUGAAUUUUAAUUAUUGAGUAAUAAACGUUUUAACACGUCCGCCGCAUUCGGACGUUAGUAUAAUAUUAACUGAUAAACGCUUACACGAGCAAUGGCUACGCCGAUUCAUAUCAAUUUUGUCCGUAUAGUUUUUUAUAGUUCCAAUUUAUAAGCCUCUCAUUGUACCGCAACGAUGCUUCGUCUUCGUAUUCUAUACGAGGUCGGCACGCCGUCGGUUUCCUCGAAAUAUAAGUUUUGAAAAAUUUUGCAAACUUAUCUAUGUAAGCUUAACAAAUCAGCUGUGAAAUCAGUACCAGAAUUCACUUCCGUCCUAAUUCAGUAUGCAUCAUAGGAAUCGAGCCAUUUUAUGUAACGCGCACUUUCCUACCUAGUUGAUGUAAUUUCCUUCCCCGAAUUACAUUAGCUGCAGCGCGCGCGGUGACCGGCGAUCCCCAUCCGGCCGCCGCGCGCUCCACUGCAGGAGGCUGAGGAGGUCUUGGACAUGGGCAACCUUUAACUUGCAACAUGGAAUGGCUGAGGAUCUUAAUUAUCUAACGCGAGAGUUACAGGCGUUUACCGGCCUUGAUAUUAGCUCCUAGGCUGAUAGUGUCACCAUCACUAAUGCUGUGCAUACAUCUAUGUCAACACUAUUGGACUUCGGUUAAUACAUAUAAGAUUUUUACAAGAUCCUUGGGCAACAGUGUCAUUUUAUGAUAUUUAGGAUGUCUUUGUUCAAGUCCGCCUAAGCAUCCUUUGUGAUGAGUUGCACCUUAUUUUAUAUGCGAGCGGGCUGGUACUGCCUCGAUACAUUUUGCUGUUGCAGACUACAUUAUAACGAUAUUGUACAACCAAUCAGGCUACAUGAAAGAGAUCACCUUAAUUAGCAAUAAGAUUAUUUAUACCUAAGAGAUCGAACGUCCCUUACUGAGUAAGGUAGCAUAUUGAGUAUUAUUAUUUUUCGAUUGACAUCUCUCUAGAUAGAUGGGUAGCGCAUGUUGUGAGACGUCGCGUCGGACCAGACGGCUCGCGAGCGUCAGGUUCCAGUCAGUAUUGUCUUUUCUAGCACAAAAAAUCAUCAAAUUUUGUAAUUUUAAAUUGGAAGUGGUCAAUUUUCUACUGCUCUGUAAAUAUGAGAGCUUAUCGCCGGGUAGAUCCCAACCGCACUUCGCAACACAUAAUUUAUCAUGUCUACUUCUAUUGUUAUGAGCGAGUUCGCAGUAUACAUAUUAUGCUUGAAGCAAUAAAGUUGUCGUGUGCCCGACGGAGGUUUCGCUUCUCAUUGUACGGAACAUGUCAUCUAAUAGUUGUGUGUUGGUUGUUUUCAGUCGUUUACCUACAUAAAAUGUGAAAACAGAAGUACAAGACAAUCUAAAUGUUGCAAAGUUUAAAGAGUCAGUGUAUCUAAAAUAAAAUGAGACGCUUACCGUUUUGCACAUAUUAUUUUGCAAUAAUAUGGUUACCGUUAAUGAUUAUGUAGAUAAUUUAAUUAAAUUUGGUCGAGCGGGGAGCGUGCUGGCGAGGUUCCCCGUCGCUGGCACAUGCUCCCCGCGCUCGACAUUACAGGUUAUUUCAGUUUUUCUCACUAGCGACUAAAUUGCUGUUCUUAAGAACCUAUGCUGAGGGCGUGUCAGGCUCGUGACUCUUAUUUCUAAUCUGUCUUUUCUCAAUUAUCGGUUGACCAAUGCUAAGUUUAACUUCUUCAUGUUAUCAAAUAUGGUAUCUGUAUUGACGAAUUGCAAUGUUUACAGCAAGCAUAGGUCGCAAAGGUCAGAACCGCCCUCAGACUGCACGGAUGUGACAAGUUGUCGUUGGUUUAUUUUAUUUUUAUGUUUUUGGUCAAACCAAAUGUUUUACCUAAUAUUAGGCAUAUUUGCACAAAAAAGUUGUGUUUAAUUAAGUUUAGACAAUAAGUUAUAUCUAAAAAUUGUUUCUUUUAAAAUACUUAAGACAAAAAAGUGAGUUCAGUUUGCUGAGUGAUAGAGGUUUAAUUGAGUAUUUAUUAUAUAUAUUGUUGAAGUUUGUACAAAAUAAAUUAAGUAAACGAUAAAAUAUAGAACUUGACUGCUUUA